AUGGCUCGUUCCAUUUGCUUCAUGGCAUUUGUGGUCUUGGCAAUGAUGCUCUUUGUUUCCUAUGAGGUGCAAGCUCAACACAUGUGCAAAUCAACAAGCCAAACCUUCAAAGGAUUAUGUUUUACCGACUCAUCAUGUAGAAAAGCUUGUCUCAAAGAGGAGUUUGAAGGUGGACAUUGUAGCAAACUUCAAAGAAAGUGCCUAUGCACUAAGAUUUGUGUAUUUGACAAAAUUUCAAAUGAAGUUAAAACAACAUUGGAUGGGAAAGCAAAAACGGGGUUUGAAGAUGAGAUUAUGAUGGAGUAA